GAGGUGAUGGGAAAGUGCGUGAUACGAAUAUUAUUUGGGGGUAUACUUAUUUUUACUGGAGAGCUAAUUCGUCAAAUGUUGUAAAAGAGUAGGGAUUAAAUAGCAAAAUGCCUCGUUAUGCGCAGCUGGUGAUGGGUCCGGCUGGAAGCGGAAAGAGCACAUAUUGUUCUACUUUAGUCCAGCAUGCGGAGGCCCUCAACCGCUCUGUACAGGUGGUAAACUUGGACCCUGCUGCGGAGUACUUUGACUAUCCUGUCAUGGCAGACAUCAAGGAGCUGAUCCAGGUGGACGAUGUGAUGGAGGACGACUCUCUGAGGCUCGGGCCCAACGGCGGGCUGGUGUUCUGCAUGGAGUAUUUUUCCAACAACUUCGACUGGCUGGAGGAGUGCCUGGGUCACGUGGAGGAUGACUAUAUCCUGUUUGACUGCCCAGGUAGCGCAGCGCUCUCCUGCUUCGUCUGCGGCAGGCCUGUGUCUCGACGCUGUCCCCCAGGUCAGAUCGAGCUGUAUACCCACCUGCCCGUGAUGAAGCAGCUGGUGGAGCAGCUACAGCAGUGGGAGUUCCGGGUGUGCGGCGUCUUCCUUGUCGACUCGCAGUUCAUGGUGGAGUCCUUCAAGUUCAUCUCUGGUGUCAUGGCGGCUCUCAGUGCCAUGGUUUCCCUGGAGAUCCCCCAGGUCAACAUCAUGACGAAAAUGGACCUGCUGAGUCCAAAAGCUAAGAAGGAAAUUGAAAAAUAUUUAGACCCAGAUAUGUACUCUAUGAUUGAAGAUAAUUCUCUCACGCUAAGAAGUAAAAAGUUCAAGAAGCUGACUAAGGCUAUCUGUGGUUUGAUUGACGAUUACAGCAUGGUGCGGUUUCUUCCCUUCGAUCGCACAGACGAGGAGGGGAUAGGCAUCGUGCUGCAGCACAUCGACUUGUCCAUCCAGUACGGGGAGGACCUGGAGUUCAAGGAGCCCAAGGAGCCUGAGCCUGAUGAAGACUCCAGUCCCUACUGUGAUGAGUUCUUCCACGACAAACUGGGGGAAUAAGAUGAAGAGAAGGAAGGAGAGGCAGCAGAUGCCGGCCAGUGACAUUCUGCUUUGGCUCCUCAUCUCCUGAAAGACUCCGAACAGGACUCCCGCACUGAGCCGAUGCCUCCGUCAUCUUUUAAAUGUCCUUCUGUUUUAUAGAAACGGAAACCUCUGAUAUCUACUGCCUAUGUAAUGCCGGGUUGCCCAGCACGAGUCUCAUGGUCCUUACCUGGAGUAGCUUGAAAAAGGUCUUCAGUUAUCUGAUUCAUUUCGUCCGCUGUCAACCUGACAAGCCUGGUAGGAAGAGGAGGACUAGGGUCUCAAGUGAACACACCCUCCUGCCCCCAGAACUCUUGUUGCGUUGUUGUCAGUUCCUUGGCAGAUUUUAUUUAGGUUAUUUAUUGUUUCACGGCAAAUAGGGACUUUUUUCUAUCCUUUUACACUGAACUGAAACUUUGUUCAAACCAACCAAGAUGGAUUUUUAAAGACAUUUGUCUUUCCUGUUAUGUGGGCGUUCAGAGGUACAAAUGUUGUUUUGCAUUUUAUUUUUUAAUUAGAUGAUUGAAAUGUAAAGAGUUGUUUAAUAGUAAUGCUUUUUAUUACUGCAGUAGAUUCCAGCAUUGGCCCUGGGGUGCCCCAAGUCUUUCAGACAUCACAGGACUCAUUAACCAUGAAUAUUCUUAAUUAUUCCAGCAACUGGUUGUGUUGUGUUGUUUGGGAACCCUUGCAUGUCUUUCUCUCCAGGAUCAGAACUGGACUUCUGAAGUAUGAGACCUUCAGCUUUGGCACAAGGGUCUGGGUGGAGAGCUAUGGGCCUGUGGAAUGUAUGGAUUUUUUUUUUUUAGUGUGGGAGUUCAUGGUUAGUAAUUUAAUUUAAUCUUGAAUUGCGGUUUGGAAAUUUAUAUUUUAUUAAUAAAAUAAUUGACAUUGAAACAACCUAGAGGGUGCAAAUGGUAACUGAGGGGAAGUGUAUUUUAAAUCAGGGGCCAGAUGGCACUUCUGAUGUCAAGGUUUGUAGGAGUCUGGUACAAGCUACCCAGCUGCAAUACCGAAGCUGAGACACUGGUUCCCUUCAGAAAACAGCUGCUUGAGAUUCUCUCAUCAAUUAGCUACUUGCAAUGAUCUAGCAAUCAAAACAAGACGGAUGGACUGCAAAGCCACCUCUUGAUUCUAGCAUUGCACAUGAUCUAGAGACGUGUUUCUACGUUUUCUAUUCUGAAUCACACAUCUUAAUUAUCCUGUAUAAUGCUAUAAAUGAGAUAUUUUACAGUACAUUAUUUCUUUAGAGAAAAUCAAUUUCCAGCUUCCUGUUUUUUCAUAGAAUGGUUUUAUGCUGAAGUUACUUUCGGUGCUUCUUGCACAGUUAACUUAAGACCUUUUGGAAGAAUACAGCAUCUAAUCUGAUUAAGAAAAACACUGCAAAACAACUCCCACACAUUAUCACA